UUUUCUGGGAAAUUUUAUUACUGCCCGAUCAGUGAUAAAAAAGCAGCAUCCCUUUUUUCAGGAUGUUCCAAGAUUUUUUGACAACACCAGGCCUUUCCCUUUUGAAAGAAAUUUUCAUUUCACUCCCUAUGACACCAUCUUCAGCUCGUGGCGGACUCAGAGCCCUGAGUUUCACAUGCUGGCUGAUUUACCUCCCAUGAUGAUCGUUCCCAAGGUAGAGGUGUCUUGUGAUGAAUCCAAGCUAACUCUGCUGGUUGAUAAGAGAGCCAACAAUCUUGUUCUGACUGGAGAGGAAAUCCAGUUGGGUAAUGGAUGCUAUAGCAAUAGAGAGCUCCCGAAUCAGUUUGUCUUCACUUACGGUUUGGAUGAGUGUGGAACUACCCCUGUGAAGCAGAAUGGCUUGUUGAUGUUUACCAACUCCCUCCAUCUGAAUCUCAAAAAACCUCUCCCCAACUGGUGGCAAACUCUUCCUACCGUGCACAUAUCCUGCAUCCCAAAGAAGUCUUAUCUGAACUACUAUGACUCAUCAACGUUUCCUGAGAAUAGCAAGACCUUUAACAUCAAAGCCAUGAAUCCAUCCUGGACCAGCCCUGCAGAGUCUAAUGUCUAUAAAAGAGGCCAGGUUGUAAACCUCCAGGUUUCAGCCAAAACCAGGCCAGAGCAGCAGCUUUUCAUCCAGUCCUGCUUCGUCUCUGCAUCUCCUGAGCAUCAGAGUAGACUCAAACAUGCAGUCAUCAUGAAUAAAGGGUGCACAGCCCCGUUGGGUUCUCGUCAUGCCGUUGUGCGAUUUGUGGAGUCCAACAAAGCAGAUGUGGUUAAUUUUGUUGUGAACACAUCUUAUCUUAUUUCUGAGAUGUACAUCCACUGCAGUGUCCUCCUCUCUGACCAUGGUGUCAACUCUGGCUCUAAAUCCUGCAACUAUAACCUGAUUGAGUCAAGGUGGGAGGAUCUUGGUGGGAAUGUAGAGGUGUGCGAGUGCUGCAGCUCAAGAUGUAAAGGCCUGUCUGUCAAAUACAUUCCUGAAGAUGCAAAGGCCAUCAUCAGUGCUGGCCCCUUUGUCAUUGUGGACAAUAAUGGCGCAGCAAGUCCUGAGCCUUCUGUCUCUGAACCGCAACAAGCCUCCAGCACUCCUGUUGCAGCCGACUCCGUGCAAACUGAUGGUGCAGCCACUGAAGGCUCAAUUGUUUCUGGUACUUCUGUAUCCAGACCUCCUCAGGGUGUGGUGGUGGUGAGUCAGGACCCAGCUAACAAACUGACCCUCUGGCUACCUGGACAGGUGCAAGAUCCAAAACACGAUGAGAAUCUUGGUUCCAAAUCUGAAGACACUUUUGAGGCAAGCAAUGCUGUAUCAAAGGACCUUCCUGAGCUGCAACCUGCAACAGAUCAGCAGUCCCUUCAGAAGCUGCCCACGAACAUGAUUGCAGGUCAAAGUGCAAAUGAGCUGGGAAGUGACGCUCCUAUGUUCGAUCUGAAUCUUCUCACACUGGUUGAUGGCUGGAUAAUUCCUCCACUAAUGGGAAAAGCCGCCUUUACAGAUGAAUCCCAAACAAAAAGGCGUUUUAUAAGAUCUGGAAUGUUUGACAAAGAGACCCCACAAGAGUUUGACCUCCCUCUGACAGCUGAGAUAACCAUGAGUGUCCUUAACCCGACUGAUUGUAACCAAAUUGGAGACAAGAUGGCAGAUGCAGCUGUGCUCCCCCAAGAAGAAGAAAAUGAUGCCCAACCAAUAAUUCGCUCAAAACUUCAGUUUUCCAAAGGUACUGAUGGAUCAAAGACUCUGAGUUAUGAGGAAGAAGUGGUGAAACAUGAAGGGAAAGGAGUGGCGAGAAGAGAUGUGAAACAGGAGCCCAAACACGGAGGGCUGCGCUCAGCUUUCCUGGAUUUGUUGAGGAGGAUGGACAAAGCAGAAUAACCGAAUCUUAAAAGAAUAUUCUAUAAUGUUAAUUUUUAACUGAAUAAACAUUGAGCAUUAA